ACAUUCAAAGAUGCUGAUUUUCAGCUCAGAAUCGAGAUGUUCCUGCACCUCAAAAUCUCGCGGGUUUUGCUGUUUAUAGUGCUUCCUCACGCAUUUUGAGGGAAUGGCAUCCGGACACCCUCCAUCUUGCUGUGGAAGCUCCUGGGAUAAAGUUCUCUGGAUCCGGAAGUCUGGUGGAAUAUUCCUCUCUUUGUCCAAAACAUCAUCCUCCCAAUUCUCAGAAUCAUGAAUCUACUGUUCUUCUGCCUUUCUGUGGCAUUGAUAGGCACAGCAAACUGUAUAACCUGUGAAUGUAAUUACUGUGAAACUGGUCCUACCUGUGAAGCUUCAGCUGAACAAUCCUGCUAUGCAGUAACAGUAGCACACAGCCUAGGAGGCUCCCCCUCAUCAUAUACAGAGAGAGGCUGCAUUCCUACUGUUUCCUGUAAAGAUGGGAGCAUUGCUAUUACUGCAGGGAAAGGAAUUUAUAUGAGGACCAAUACAAAGUGCUGCACAACAGACAGCUGCAAUACAUUUCCUGAAGCCCCAAAAGAAGACACAACAGUCAGCAAAGUGGCAUGCCCUUCAUGUUUUGGUCUCUAUCCUGCCUCCUGCGAGCCUACAGUGAUGACAUGUGCUGACUCAGAGAAGCAAUGCAUCAACAUUACUGGUGUUAAUGUUGCAACAUCAGAUGCCCAAAUACCUUUUUUGGCUCGAGGGUGCGCUUCUCCUUCAGCAUCCGACAUUCAACUGACUUCACGUCUCAAGUCUGGUAACACUUUUUACAGAGUUCACACCAUUAGGGUUGGGACGCCCUCAAGCAGUGCCGGUCUGGCUCCAGGGAGCAGCACUUUUGCCAUCCUCCUGCCCAGUUUGAUUGGAAUCUCAUUCACCAAAUUUAUUUCCUGAACGGAAUGCUUCUGCUUGCUUCCAAAAAACUUCCCUCCUCAAACUGGAGAGAGACAAUCUACAAAGGAAAGGUGAUGUUGACCUGAGAAGUUGAGAGAUCCUCCACCUCAGAACUGUAUGCAAGACUGGAAUGGGCAAGCAAUCUCAAUUAAAAAAGAAUAAUAAAAAAUA